AACGCCAGCCUCUAGAAGCAUAUUUUCUCUUUUUUUUUUUGGAAAACUCAUAUUUUCUUUUUCAUAUAGAGAGAAAAUAGUAUAAAGAUAUUAGCGUUGGAGAAAGCAGAGAUGAUGAAACUUUUGCAUCUGUUCAUAACUUCAUCGAAACCUGUUGUGGAAAUUCUGCUGAUAACAACCGUUGGAUUCUAUAUGGCUCUUGACGGAGUCAAUCUUCUUGGUCAAGAUGCUCGAAAAGUUUUGAACAACAUUGUCUUCUAUGUGUUUAGUCCUUCCCUUAUUGGAAGCCGUUUAGCUAAUAGUGUUACAUAUGAAAGCUUGAUGCAAAUGUGGUUCAUGCCGGUUAAUGUUCUGCUCACAUUCAUCAUUGGUUCGUUCUUGGGCUGGAUUGUUAUUCUCAUCACCAAGCCUCCUUCCCAUCUUCGUGGUCUCAUUGUUGGUUGUUGCGCUGCUGGGAAUCUGGGAAACAUGCCAUUAAUCAUUGUUCCAGCUCUUUGUAAAGAGAAAGGAGGUCCAUUUGGAGAUCCAGAGAAUUGUCAGAAGUAUGGAGUUGGUUAUGUUGCACUCUCCAUGGCUAUGGGAGCAGUUUACAUAUGGACUUACGUAUACAAUCUUAUGCGGGUGCUAUCAAACUCUCCCAUUGAAACUCAACCUUCUAUUGAAUCCAACAGCUGCAAAGUCCCACUGAUCUCAUCUAGAGAAGAAGAGGCUAACCAAAAGGUUGGGAGGUGGGACAAAGUCAAGUUAAGAAUGGUUUCACUGGCUGACAAAGUCAACUUAAGGACAAUAUUUGCUCCAUCAACUAUUGCUGCGAUGAUCGCGCUUGUGGUCGGGCUCAUUACUCCUAUAAGGAAGCUAAUCAUCGGCAACGGAGCUCCUCUAGGAGUACUUCAAGACUCUGCAACUUUAGUGGGAGAUGGAGCCAUUCCUGCUAUGACACUGAUCAUUGGAGGAAACUUACUCAAAGGCAUGAGGAGUUCAGGAAUGAAAAAAUCAAGUAUUAUCGGUGUAUUGGUUGCACGUUACAUUUUCUUGCCUAUAAGUGGUGUUUUGAUCGUAAGAGGAGCAUACAAGUUUGAUUUGAUUACCUCAGAGCCUUUGUACCAGUUCGUUCUUCUUCUACAGUAUGCUGUCCCACCAGCAAUGAAUCUAGGUACAAUAACUCAGUUGUUUGGAGCUGGGGAAAGUGAAUGCUCAGUGAUUCUGCUCUGGACUUACGCUUUUGCUUCGAUUUCACUCACUGUUUGGCCUACAUACUUCAUGUGGCUUGUGGCUUAGAAUCCUCACCACCACACGCUUGAGCUUGCUAUAUGCAUUGUUUUGUUCCAUUCAUUCAAGAUUGAACUUUGUUGAUGAUUGAGUCAUCAUGUAUUGAACAUCAUCAUUAUAGAAUAGAUAUAUUUUCUUGAA